AUGAUUCAAUUGGAGCUGAUUUUACCUUCAGGUGCCCGGAUCGGUCACCGUUCAUUGAUGAGAUACUAUAAGCAGCGGUUUGGUGCUUCAAGAGCUGUGGCUGUUUCUAAAAAUAAACACGCUGUGGGCAGAGUAUUGCAGCAAUAUAAAGCUCUGGGAUGGACAAGCAGCACAGGAGCAGCACUGGCUCGAGAGCGUGACAUGCAGUACCUUCAGAGGAUGAAGGCCAAGUGGAUGCUGAAGACCAGCAUGCAGAAUAACUCUACAAAGCAGAUGCACUUCCGCGCGCAAGUCAGGUUCUGAGAGUGCCCAGCGAUAAGCAUGACUAGCCUGAGCUUGCCUCGUUCUUUCUGCAAUACUGUGGAAGGAAGAUCCAGUCGCAGAGAAGUGUGGUACUGCCUGCUGCUAUUUCAGCAUGUUUCCCAAGGAGAUCUCAGCCCGGUGUAACUGGUUGUCAGACUUCAAAUCAAUAAAGCCUAUGCAUAAGAAA